GGCGACGCGAGCGGCGUCAUGCGCGCGGUGACGGCGGAAUCAUCCGGUCGUGGCGGAACGUGGUGCGCGGUACCACGCGUCGCUCGAUGUCCGCGUCACCCGUCGCGCGGUGCGACGGCGUCGCGCGCAGCGCGAGGACGCUCGUCGAACGACGCCGGGGGUGCUGAUGGAGGAGCCUCGUCGUCGUACGUCGUUCCCGACCCGCGCCGCGUGAAAGAGCGGCACGGGAAGCGGUUGUAUUACCACGGUCACGGGGAGAUGUUGCUCCGGGAGGAUUUGAUCAGCGCGCUCAUGGAGGUGGACGCCUCGACGCAAGUGAAAGAGGCUGGAAGCGUGUCGCUCACGCGCGAGCAAGUUAAAAUCAUGGAAGCGUUCUGGAUUGGCGUCGGAGUGCGCAAGAAGGCGCAUCGCGAGCGUUUGAUUGAUAUGGCGUGUAAAGCCGGACUCUAUCGAGACCCUGUUCGUCUACUCGAGCGAUUGGCGCAGCUCGAAGACGCGCUGUGGUUGGGCGCGUCGCUGAGCGGCGUCGAUUUGGGCGUCAUCGUCGGACGAUGUCCACGCGUGAUUUACUGCGAUUUAGACUGGACGGCGGAAAAGUUGGAACUUUUACGCGAACUUUUACCGACCGUGGACUUGAAGCGGUUGAUCGAACGGAACCCGCAGGUGCUCGGCAUGGAUUUCACCAUGACGAUACCGGCAAAGCUGCGCGAGUUGUCAAAGCUGUUGCCGUACACCGAUGUCUUCGCCUUGAUUGAUUCUCAUCCCAAGUUGCUUUCGAUGAAUAUUUCAUCGAGCGUCAGUUCGAAUCUUCGCGCCAUGCGUCAAACGCUGGCGUCUGAAGGCGUGAGCGAGUCAACGGUCGAGGCGAUGAUCAUGUAUUCGCCGCGAUUACUGACGACCAACCCAAACACCUUCGCUGAUAGGUGCGCACAGCUCGCGCGCACGAAACCGGGCGCGAUUCAACAGUACGCACUGAAGCCGGCAUCUUUAGCGCGCAUGCUCACAUCGAGCGAACGCGUGAUAUCGCGUUUGGCGUUUCUCCACGAGAGGCACCCGCACGAUACGACGAGCGCGAUAGUCGCCGUGAAUACGUCGGCGGCCAAGUUCAUUGAACGAUUUCCAGACUUUGAGGAAUGGGGCCAAAAAAUGUAG